AUGUUUGAUUCAUCAGUUUUAUGUGGGUUUUUCGGGGCAACGUUGUGCAGUUUUAUGCAGUUUUGUGCAGUUUUGUGCAUUUUCGUGCAGGAAAUUGCAGAUCGGAGCAACGUUCGGAGCUUCUGGGCUGCUACACCCGCGGCGACAAAUUACCAGAGAAGUUAUUCACCGAGCCCAGCAGUCAGCGCGCCGGAUGAGCCUUCACCGAGCUCUGGCACUGACGAACAAGAAGAGAAGGGGAAGGAGCUAACAGAGCUAGAGGACAAUGGUGAUGGUUUCUAUGUGGGUGAUGAGGAGGAAAAAUAUGGUGAGAAAGCAAUAACUGUGAUAGAGGAAGAUGAUGAUAUUCAAGAAGAAGAUGUGAAAACAGAGGACGAGGCUCCUCCUGUUGUGCCCUGGAAGAUGAACCUUAGGAGUAAGACGAGGAAGCGCCAAGAUCACCAUACAAGGCCCAAGAAAACCACAAAGAAAUCAAAAUCUAUAACAACAAGUCAAAAGCAGAAUCAAGUUGUAGCAGUUCCCGAUCGGAGUAACAAGAAAUUGGUAAAACACACAGUGGCAAGAUGGUCUGCAGGGAGGUACAAGGCUGCAGAAGAAAACAUGCUGAGGGUGAUGAAGGCCAAGGGUGCUAAAUUUGGGAGCCCAAUACUGAGGCCAGCGCUGAGGUCUGAGGCAAGGAAGCUGAUUGGGGAUACGGGUUUGUUGGACCAUUUGCUCAAACACAUGGCGGGCAGGGUCGCGCCAGGUGGAACCGAGAGGUUUAGGCGGCGCCACAAUGCAGAUGGAGCCAUGGAGUAUUGGCUGGAGAGUGCUGAUCUGUUUGAUAUCAGAAAACAAGCUGGGGUUCAAGACCCUUAUUGGACCCCACCACCUGGGUGGGAGCCUGGUCAUGAUCCCACUCGAGACCCCAUUUGUGUAAAAGAGAUUCAUGAGCUUAAGGAAGAGAUAACCAAGAUAAAAAGGGUGCUUCUUCAUGUGUCCAAGAAUAAAGAGGAUAAUCUAGCUCUAGUGACCACGUCAAAUUCCUGUUUGACAAGUCUUGACUGGGAACAUGAUGGUUCAUUAAUCCACCAAAAGGAGUAUGCAGUACUGCUAACAAUGCAGCAAAAUAAGAUUAGAGAACAACUUACGGAAAUGUCUCAAUCUCUGUCUCGAAUGGAGGAGGAGCAUGCAGAGCAAAUCGUUAAGAAAACUAAGAUGGAAGAACAACUAAUGGAUAUGCAGGCCACAAGGAAAUUGAAGAGUAUUUCACUACAAGUUUCUUUUACCAAGUGUGCUAAGGUUGAGGCUUGGUUUGCUUGGGAACCUCCUCCUGCUGGGGUCUUUAAACUGAAUGUUGAUGGCUCUAGGAAAGUUGCUUCUGGCCAUAUUGGUGCUGGAGGUGUGUUGUGUGAUGUUUUUGGUGAUUGGUGUAGUGGGUUUGCUGUUAAUUUGGGUAAAGGGCAGAUUCUAGAGGCUGAAUUAUGA